GUUACUAUGUUUCUCAAAUACGGUAAACCAGAUCCCGACAGCGAGGUUGGUGUUAAGCGCAACAGGGAGAUUCUGCGUCUCCGGGGCCUCUACACCGAACAGACCGGCGACACUCUUGACGUGCUAGCAGAGGCUGUUAAGGCGAUGCUGGAUCACCCAGCCAUCUUCCGAAACCCUCAGUUGACGUUCAAACCCUUCUACUUCUUUUUCUAUGGCUCGCUUCAGCAUCCGGGUGUUCUAUCCGGCGUAGUGAAAAGAGAAGGGGAUAAAUCUGGCCGUAAGCCGGUUUUAAUGCCUGGCUCUAUCACGGGGUGGGAAGGCAAGUAUACUUCAACUCUUCUCUCAUUUUCUUCAUUUCUAACUCCUUAAAUGUCCCUUUGACACUGUAUUUACUGACUCGAGAUACUAUAGUCAUGAUGUGGAGUAUAUACCCAGCUCUAGUCCCCAAAGAAGGCAAUGUGGUCAAGGGAAAGUACUGGAAGUGCGAGCGUAUCGAGGACGUUGGUAGUCUCUGCAACUAUGAGACUAAUGCGUAUCGUAUGGAAUUCUGCGACAUUGCUACCGAGGAAGGAAAUGUGAUCAAGGAUGGGCGUAUUUUCGUAUCGACGAUGGAUAGAAGCAACCUUGAUGAAGGAAGCUUCGAUCUGGAGAAGUUCGUCCGGAACCGAACUUAGAAUCCAUUGGACCUCGUCUUUGUGUGAUGAGAAUGCUAUGUAGUGAAGACAUUGAUAUCUUCAUGAAUUCACGUUAUUAGAAUAUUACUAGAUGAGUUAGUUACAUACAACCAUGUAGCGAUAGUAAUGCUAUAGAGAUACUCUGAGAAAGACCUGUCAUUUGUGACAAGUGUGGUGUAAGAUAGAUAUGUGAUAGAACUUGUGCCUCGACAUCUAUGUAGGAGUCCAAUUGAAAGUACACGGUAUCUUUAGUG